CAUUUCACUCCAAAGUUCCCUUGGCUUCCCCAGCGGCAGGCCCCGUUCAUGCCCCGCACGCAGUCCACACUUGCAAGUCUUGGCAAGGACAGCUCCCGAGUCUCGGGUUCUAUGGACGACGCACAGACCAGGGCUUAGUCAUCAGAGUGCGCUGCUGUGCCCGCUCGAAUUUUGAAAGCCCACAAACUGGAAAUUAUUUCGGGAAAGACUUCAACACGGUCGUCAGCUACUUGUCUCUGAGCCUUACAACCGACUUCAGGCAAGGCCCCGCUGGAUCACUGAGUACGUCCAUACUGUCCCUCUGCGUUUUUUGGUUUUUUUUUUUCGACGCGACUCCGAGUUUCCCGUGUCGUUCACCCCCUCUAACCUCAAUCCACCACAGAAUCAGUCAAGAUGAAGUUCUUGAAGACGUCGCGAGUCUGCCUCGUUACCCGGGGUCGUUAUGCCGGCAAGAAGGUCGUCAUCAUCCAGCCCGUUGACAACGGCUCCAAGACCCACCCCUACGGUCACGCCAUCGUUGCCGGUAUCGAGAGAUACCCCAGCAAGAUCACUCGCCGCAUGAGCAAGACCCGCCAGGAGAAGCGCUCCAAGGUCAAGCCCUUCAUCAAGGUCAUCAACUACAACCACUUGAUGCCCACCCGCUACACCCUCGAGCUUGAGGGUCUCAAGGGCUCCGUCUCCGCCGAGACUUUCAAGGAGGUUUCCCAGCGCGAGGAUGCCAAGAAGACCGUCAAGAAGGUUCUCGAGGAGCGUUACACCUCCGGCAAGAACAGGUGGUUCUUCACCCCUCUCCGUUUCUAAAUUAGUCUUCCACUCUCGGUCUGGGCAGGGCGCAUGGUUUUAGGGGGCUGUAUACAGCAUUCAUCCAGGGAAUAAAACUUGAGGCUUCCUGACUAGUCU